AUGAUGGUGCCUGUCGUUGCCAAGGAAGCCUUACCGCCAGCCGAGGUUGUUUCUCCACCGAAGGUCGAGAGUCUGCGAUCUCCAGAGCACGCUCCAGUUGCCCUGCCGCAGGCUGCGGUGCUGCCCGAAGCGGCCGUUGAACCGGAAAUCCCCGAAGUGCCAAGUGGCGAGGUCUCUCCCAUGUCUGCACCUGGGGCACCUGGGGCAGCGGUCGUGCCAGAGUUGGACGGCCUGGAUUCGUGGGCAGCGGAUCAGGCAAAUCUCUUCCUUCAAUCCAUGUUCACUCAGGAGCACGGGGUUCCAGAGGUUCCAGAGGUUCCAGAGGCUGAGGACUCUGCUGUUGUGGCAGUUUCCGAUGAGGAUGAAGCCGAAGAGGAACCCGAACAUGAAGAUGGAGCGGAGGCGGAAGAAGCUGAACCGGAAGCCGAAGACGACGGUGGCGACGGUGGCGACGGCGGCGACGCCCUUGGCGCGCCGCCGGGCGACUGGGAGGAACCCGAGGAAGACGAAGAAGGAGAAGAGAUGUACGAAGAGAUGGACGAGGGUGAAGAAGAGGAGGAAGAUGAUGAUGAUGAAGUGGAAGAAGUGCAGCCGAGAAGAGCAAAGCUCACGGCAUUUAAGGAACCCCUUGAACCACCACCUGGUAAUUUCAGCUGGAACGUGUGGACAAAUCCAUUGCUGGCAUCCGCUGAUCAGGGUCAAAAGACCGACGAGCAGGCUACAGGAUCCAAAGGAUCCAAAGGAAAAGGAAAAGGGGGCAAAAAAGGUCAAGGAAAAGCUUGGCCAAAGGAGAAGAGUGAAUGGAAAAAGAAUUGGAAUACCUGGAAGGCCGAGGCUCCUGAGUCUGAGAAGACCUGGGAGACCUGGAAAACGACGGAGAAACCGUCGCGAGAGGUGUGGGCGAAGGAGCAGCAAUCUUCCAGUUGGAAAGCCGAAAAAGAUUGGCGUUCCGCUGGGAAAAGCUCUGAACAAAGUUGGAAAGAGGAGUGGAAAGCCCAGAAAGACUGGGCCGGAGAAGAUUGGAAGUCCGCCAAGGCUCCAGCGAAAGCAGCGAAAGAGUGGAAAGAGAAGGACUGGAAGGCGGAUUGGAGCGCUGAAAAAGAUUGGUCCGCUGAGAAGGAUUGGAAAGCUCCCAAGUGGGAAUGGAAACCCAAAUCCAGCGAGAACUUUGGAAGCGAGACUGAGAAAUCGUGGAAGAAGUGGCCGGAGGAAGCGAAGCAUGAGAACUGGAGCGCUGGGUGGCCUCGCGGGAGAGGGACAGAUCCUUGGUGA